AUGGCUAUUUCUGUACAUGAUCCUGAAGUUAGAUCUCCGCAAUUUAGUUCUUCUCGUAUGCACGUUCAGAUUGGAGACGAUUUUAUUCAAGCUGGAUGGACUGCAGGUCAAAAUCAGUGUUAUAACAGCUUGUGUCCGGCUGGAAUCAUUUUGGUCCGUUCAGAUAUUCCUCUUGGUGGGCUUCGAGGUCCUCCUGGUGUCCGUGGUUCUACACAAAUAGUAUAUGAUACAUAUGGAUUACUCAAGGACAAAGCAAAUGGUAAUUGGUGGCUCGAGUUUGGAGGAAUACAAAUUGGGUUUUGGCCAGCAAACAUAUUUCAACAGAGUUUGGCUAACAGUGUCGAGUGGGGAGGAGAAGUAUAUAGCGCAUCUCUGCCGGGUCCUCGUAUGGGAAAUGGUUAUUUUCCAUUGUUAGAUCCAGUGGACGAUGCACAUGUGUGUAAUAUAACUUUAGUUGAUGAGAAUUUUAAGGUUGAUAAGAUGGUAAAAAAUAUAGAGACAUUCUCGGAUAACAAUCAUAGUUAUAAAGUAUACGAGGAUUUAGAUUCAGGACUACCGGUUGGACAUAUCAUAUAUUUUGGAGGUCCUGGAAAGAUGUAA